AUGUUCACCAUGCCCUGUCGGUUCCAGAUGUCCCUGCAAAGGCAUGCCUUCAAAGGCGCCGGGGCAAUCGGGGGGGCAAUCGAGCAAAGCCUGAGCAAAGCAGGCAAGCAGCACAUGAGCUGCGGUGAAAUGUUCACCAUGCCCUGUCGGUUCCAGAUCUCGGAAUGUGCCCUGCAAAGGCCUGCCUUCAAAGGCCGCGCAAGGGCAAUCGGGGGGGGGGGGCAAUCGAGAGGUGAGGACGGCAAUCGAUGCGAAGGGAAAGGGCCAAGCGGCCAGGCCGCACAGAUUCACCACACAAUCCGUCAGGGCCGCCAAACGGCUUCGGCUUAG